AUGGAGUCUCUCUCUGCUGAGACCAAUUCAACGGACCUAUCCUCACAACUCUGGGAUGAACCCCAAGUAAUUCUCUCUAUGGUCAUUCUCAGCCUUACUUUUUUAUUGGGAUUGCCAGGCAAUGGGCUGGUGCUGUGGGUGGCUGGCCUAAAGAUGCAGUGGACAGUGAACACAGUUUGGUUUCUCCAUCUCACACUGGCAGACUUUCUCUGCUGCCUCUCCUUGCCCUUCUCCCUGGUUCACUUGGCUCUCCAAGGUCGCUGGCCUUAUGGAUGGCUCCUAUGCAAGCUCAUUCCCUCCAUCGUCAUCCUCAACAUGUUUGCCAGCAUCUUCCUGCGGACUGCCAUUAGCCUAGACCGCUGUCUUUUGGUACUCAAGCCUAUCUGGUGCCAGAAUCACCGCAAUGUGAGAACAGCCUUCGUUCUCUGUGGAUGUAUCUGGGUGGUGGCUUUUGUAAUGUGUAUACCAGUGUUCAUAUACCGGGAAAUGUUCACUGUGGACAACCAUAAUAUGUGUGGCUACAAUUUUGGUGUCGAUAGCUCAUUAGAUUAUUCAGACUUCACCUUUGAUCUACUGGAAAAUGGGUCUCUUGACAACUCCAUUUUUCAGCUGCCUGGAAAAAUGGACGAUAGGUUAGAUGCUUUCUCUUUACAAACAAAUGAUCAUCCUUGGACAGCUACCACUGUCCUCCAUUCUCAAACACUUCAAAGACCUUCUGGAGAUUCACUCCCUGUGGAUUCAGCUAGAUUAUCUAGUCAACCUCCAUAUUAUACUUUAUUUAAACUUGAUGAUAAGGUCUCACCUACAAUCCCCAGUGGGUUUCCCAUCGAUGAUCACAGAACUAACCCACUGGAUAACUCUGAUGCUUUCCUCUCUACUGAUUUAGAGCUUUUCUCUAGUGACUCUAGCAAUUCCUUAUACACGACUGAGCUAUCCUGGACAGGUUUCCAGGAUGAUAAUUUAGACCAGUUUCCAUAUGACAAUCAAGUUCCAACACCCCUGGUGGCAAUAACCAUCACGAGGCUAGUGGUGGGUUUCCUGCUGCCCUUUAUUGUCAUGGUGACCUGUUAUAGCCUCAUUGUCUUUCGAAUGCGACGGGGCCGCUUCACCAAGUCCAGGAGCAAAACCUUCCGAGUGGCCAUGGUCGUUGUCAUUGUCUUCCUUGUCUGCUGGGCCCCAUACCACAUUUUUGGUGUCCUCUCAUUGUCUAUUGACCCAGAAACUCCCUCUGGGGAGGCUCUGCUGUCCUGGGACCAUGUGGCCAUUGCUCUAGCAUCUGCCAAUAGUUGCUUCAAUCCCUUCCUCUAUGCCUUCAUGGGGAAAGAUUUUAGAAAGAAAGCAAAGCAGUCCAUGCAGGGCAUUCUAGAGGCAGCUUUCAGUGAGGACCUCACACAUUCUACCAGCUGUACAACAAACAAAGUCUUUUCAGAAACAAACAGUAGAGUUGUGUGAAAAU